AUGCCGACGUCGAGUCAAUCGCAAAUCCUUUCGGUUGUCGAUGGUCGAUUGUUGCAGCAGCAGCAAUUCAAUGAUUUGAAUGGAGGAAAAAAAUUGUCUAUUCGGAAGAGAUCCGCGGUGAGAGUCAAACGAAAGCAAAGCAGGGAAACCCGUCGGAUAUCGACUAAAAGGAAGAAUGAGAACAGCUCUACAGCAUGUCCACGGAAUUCAAGUAGAAAAGUUGGCAAAUGUCUUCAUAUGCCGGUUAUUAAUCUCUAUUCGAUGAUCAAUGGCGAAGCGAAUUCUUCGAUGAACGAAACGAAAGAUGAGUUCUCGUCAGUCAUUACGAUUUCUGAUAAUCAUGUAAAUGAUUCGAUUAUAACUGAUUCCGAGAAUCUCGAUCGUGCACGAAGGCCGAGUUUACUGAAUGAAAACACUCGACGCUUGCCUGUUUUGAGUACGAUUCGUCCGUCGAAGACGUUUUACCGUGACUUGCCUGAGGCGGAUGUUGAUGAAUUGAUGGAAUAUUUUCGCCGAAUGAAGAACACAAAAAUGACGUCGGAAGCUUUCAAUCAAGAAUAUCAAACUCAAUUCAAAGACUACAAACUGAAAAUUUUUUUCGAUUCAAGUCACGUGACUAAGACUCAAGUAAAGACCGUAGAGAAACUGUUUGCAUCACGUGUGAAUCUAAUUCGAACAUGUCAAGCGGAAUUGAUCCAAGUUGACAGAUCCAGGCAAUUUGCAAUCAGGAAGACGAACAGUGAGAAGUUAUUGACAAUAAUACCACGCGAAUAUAACGAUUGUUUAUUGACAUUGAUCACACGAUCGAAUCCUUUGCGACGAUCGAAUUUGGUCUCUGAACUUGUCCAAGAUCAGUUCUAUGAAGAGAUCAAAGCGAAUUCAUUGGAUAUCAGUUACUUUCCUGGUGGAGUGAACUACGAAAUUCCACAAGAGGAGAUCGAAAGAAGUGAUGAAAUAUCCACUGAAACUUACAAAAAACUGAAGAAAAGAUUAAGCAAUCGUCAAGUUCGAUAUUUCAGUCGUCCACCUGAGAAAAGACCUUGCAGUCUAUUAGCCAUUCUUCCUACGAACUGCUCGACGAGUAUCAAUCAUCAACAAUUACUUGAAUGUCUCUACGAUCGUUUGAAAACACUUUUUACAAACGACAAGAUCGACAUUAAACAACGUAUUCUGUCGGUAGAAUUUCUCCCUUUGACUUGUAUUCUCGAUUCGAACCGAAUUUCAAAUCAAUAUAUUAUCAAUUGUGACACAAUCAAUACAAAACAACAAUUGAUGAGCAAACCAGUGAAACUCCAUGUUAACAAGCAAUUGUUUUACAUUGAAUUGCAUUCCUACGAUGAAGAUCUUCAAAAGGAAUACGAGAAAUUUCUCCAAGAAGAAAAGUACCGCGAAUUAAUUCGAAACUAG